GCUGUGGCUCUGCUCGUUCUGCACUGGCUGCUGUCAGCACGCAGAGUCUGAACGGCGAGGCGUAACACUGAUACUCCACAAAACCGUGUGUUGAUACGCUACACAUGAAACUAUCGCUUUGGAUAUCGGACUGUCCUAAAAGCCCAGAUGACAAGCCUUAACCCGGAGCGAAACGGUAGGAAAUAGGAAUACGAAUUCUCUCUGGACUGCGAGAGCUGCGUUGUGCUAGAGCUGGACUCAAAAUAAACAGGUGGCUUUCACAUUGGAUUCUUGAACAUCUGAUUCUAGCCGGGAAAGCAAGAUAGAGAGAGAGGAUUGAACAUCUGCUGAACACAUCAGCGGAAGGCUGUCACCAGGUGGGCUGUAUGCUGUGGCUGUGGCUUUGGAGACGGAGCCAGAGGACUUCUUUAUGUCCACAGGCCUCAGCUGUCCAAAGGGGGGAUGAUCUGGAGCGCUGCACACAGGCCUAUCAUUAGGCCAUCGGGGCCCAUGCUAAGGAAUGGAUAGUUUUGCUGCUUAAUGUUACAGUGUAACUUCCCUUUAACUAUGGGUCAACGGUGAAGGAUUGAUAUGGAAAUCCUUUUUUUCCUUGGAAUCAGCUAAAGCAGCAGUUGAUGCAAAGCAACUUUUAUUUGCUUUUUAGGAUUUAUAUAAUUUGACGUUUUUAUAUAAUUGUGUCUACAUAGCAUUUAUUGUUUUUAGGUGGCUUGCAUAUAUUACAAAGCAGACUUUUGGAUUUAUGAACAAACAAAGACCAUGGCUGCUACCUAUCGCAUUGUGGUCAGCAGUAUUAACUGUUAUAACAGCGUUGUGAUUGACCGUCGUGUCCAGCACACUGUACACUACUGUAAUGGGCCCUGUGGUGCACUAAAACAUGGACUGAACUGCACAGUGGCUCACCGCAGCACUUGUGCCGAACUUCUUGACACCCCCAUAUCUAGAACCUGCUCUGACCGGCCCAUCGGCCUUCAUGAGUCCAAAACAAUGGAGAAUGGCAACACCGGACCUGGUGCUUUCUGCGAUGACUACCACCAGGUCGUUCCCAGAGUUAAGAAAGGAUCUGCCAUCCAAAGCUCAGCAAGCCUCAAGGAUAUUACAGGGGAAGCUAUCAACCUUGCCAGUGGAAAAAUUAAGGAGUUUUCAUUUGAGAAAAUCAAAUACUCUUCCAGCCAUGUGACUUUCAGAAAGGGCCGUAAGGUUAGGCCGGACUCCUUCAGCAGGAGGUCCACUGAUCUAGACAUCAUCUAUGGCCAGUUCACAGGCAAUGAUGAGAACUGUCCUCCAUUCGGCCUGUUUCAGAAAUCUGUUCUCGAAGAGCAGAAGCUAAGUCGCAGUGCAUCCCUAGAGCAGAACUUAAACAAUGUGGCCACGCUCUACCUGAACAGCCUCACCGAGGAGAACCUAAUUACCCGCAUACUGGAGAAGACCAAGGCAGACAGCAGUGCCUCAGGAGAAGACAUUAAAGCCUGUCUGGACAUUCUCCUUAAGUGCUCGGAAGAUCUGAAGAAGUGCACGGACAUCAUCAAACAGUGCAUCAAAAGGAAGUCGAUGGGUGGAAGCAGCGAUGACUCUGGGAACCCUGAAGUCAUUUAUAAAAAUGUGAUGGCUCGUCUAUCCAACUACCUGAAGAGGCUUCCUCUUGAGCUGGAACAGGGGCAAAGUGUGAGGCAGGAGCACAGUGAGCUUGCCGAACUAGUCAACAGCAUACACGGGCUGCAACAAAUCCCUUUCUCCCCCAUCUUUGGCAAUGAGCAGCCUCCGCGCUAUGAGGACGUUGUUCAAUCUCCUCCGCCCACAAAGCCUCGACUGAAACCCUCCCAGCCAGAACCUCUAGAAGGCUCUAGGGAUCUUGCAAGCAAUGUGAAACCCUCUGGUUUGUCAGCACGUACACCUCCAUCAACUAAUGGGUUCUCGCAUGGCAGCUUGCCUUCGGCCAGUAGCGGUUCAGCACCUUAUAUCUGCCACCACACAGUCUCAACCAGCCGACCGGACACAUUUUCUUCCACAAACUCUCUCUUGUCUAGCAGUAGCGAAAGCCUCUGUAAGGAUGCCAUGGAGGCUCUGUAUAUCGAGGAGGAGGAUUCGGAUUUGGGAAGGAUGCCGGACAGGGCAGUUAAAGGGGAUGGGAAGCACAGCUGUAGUAUUUCGGAGUCCAGAUUGUUCUCCAAAAGACCCACUGGCUACUCUGAGCCUAGUGGUGGUGUUUCAGAUAAACUCCAUGAACUUAGUAGAAAUGGAACUGUGUUCAAGCCUAAAAACGACUCGAUGGUCAACCAGAUGUACUUGCCAAAAAGCACAGAUUCCAGGCUGUUCCCUAGAUCAACCACACACGUUAAUAAAGGGGGAUCCGAUGACAUUGAUAAAUUGCUCAUGGACCUGGAGUGUCUUUCCCAGAACAUGCAAAAGGAGCCUCCACUGCCCCCUAAACUUAAAAACUGUGCCCAGCAGACAGGCUCACCCCAGCAUUUGAUUGGUAACUCUGUGGCUAAAGAUCUACCAGUGGCAGGUGUGUCUGGACCCUUGAUGACCAAGCCCUCUGAGAUAGGGGUUGAGGCCACCGAAGAAGAUGAUGGAGCUCUGCUUCUCAGGAUUCUUGAGAGCAUUGAGAGCUUUGCUCAGGAGCUGGUGGAGAGUGGAGCUGGGAGAGGAACUCAGUCUAAGGAGCGAGAGGUCAUGCGUCUUCUUCAGGACACGCUGGCCAGCACCAAAGCAGAAGUGGCUCCACUCCCGCUGCCUGUACCUCAGCCUGAGACUGCAUCUACACCAGCACAAACACCUAAAUGCACACCUGCCCCAACACCCUUAAGUGCACCUCCUGCUGUACAAACCCCUGCUUCUACUGUAAGGGACACGGGCUCAACACUUCUCAUUCAACAAACGCCAGAAGUCAUCAGGGUGAGUUCAGCUAAACUGACAGUGUCUAUAUAGAGUCUUCAUGUCUCGUCCAGUAUCUGUGCAAUGUGUAUCAUUGGUAAAAUGUAAAAAAA